AUGCAGUCGUUCUUGGGUGGGGAUAAAGGUGGUUCCUCCAACCCUCUCAAGCAGAUAGGUCAGAGAGAGGGUGCGGAUAACAGUCUUUUCAAGGAUCGGUAUUCUCCCGCUGGACCAAGUUCCUCUCAAUCGUCUUCAUCGGCCUUUCGACCACCUCCACAGAUAACCCACCAUCAACCCCCUUCAGCAUCUUCAGCAGCCCUUCAUUCUACUCCACAUCCUUUCAACUUAUCUCAUCUAUCAGCUGCACUAUCGCAGCCUGGUCCACAAACCGGAUCAUUACAGCUUCAUCAGCCUGCUCCAAUUGCUUCACAUCAAUUCAACGCCCAGUGGGAACAAGCUAGAUCGAACGGUCAUUCGCCUGUUCCUCAACAUAUUAUUCAGGCUAGACCCCCGCAACAAUCAGCCUGGUCGGGAGAUUUCCAAUCUUUUCACGGUAAAGGUAAAGGAAGAGCUGUAGAGCAACCUUCGUCACCUCAGGUAUCCUCCCCUUACCAAAAUGGUUAUUCGAGCUUUACACCUCAUCAUGGUGGUGGAUUUCAACCGUCUUUCCAACCUUUGUAUCAAGGUAUGAUCCCCCAUCAGCAAAUUCAGCCUCAAGCUCACGGUCAGGCGCACAGAGUUGUGGAUCAGAAAGAGAUGGAUGACUUGUUUGCAAGAGCCGAAGAAGACUAUAGGGCUUCUUCAUCAGAAGCUCAAAUUGACAAAGUACAAGAACAAGAUCAAGAUGGUGUGGAGGAGAUGACCUCUGAUCCGAAGGGUGAUCUAGAAAAGGUAUGGGAGAGUUUGAAACCCGAAGCUGAGAGGUUAAAUCAAUUAGCAGAGUGGGAGAAGGAUUUCUCUCAGUUCACAAAUGAUGAAGAUGACCUAUUUGAUACUCUGAACGAAAGUCUUAAUAGAUCGGAUGUAGGUCAAAGACCUUUGGAACAGCAAUUGCACAUAGAUAGGGAUGUUGGCGGAUUGGCUGUGCCGGAUGGACUUGAUCAGUAUAAUGGUGUUCAAAGGGAUGAUGGGAUUCCACAAAAUAGGGGCUAUGAUUAUGCAUCAAACAACAUUCACGAUUCUUCCGGACUUGCCCUACUAUGGGCAGAAGCCAAUCGAAUAGUCACCGACGGAGGAUCACUCACACAAGCUGGAUUGAUGCUGGAGUCGUUUGUACGCAGAUCGACCACUCAGGAUAGGCAACAACUCAACGUCUCAGCCACGGAAGCUUGGUCAUUGCUAGGAAGGGUACAUGCGAUGGACGAGAAGGAGGAACCGGCUAUGAGAGCUUUCGAGGAGGGAAGGAAAACUUUGGGAGAAGAAGGGGUGAGAGGGAAAGAAAGUGUAGCUGGGGAGAUGCUGACUAAUCUCGCAAUUUCAUAUGUCAAUGAAUCGCUCGAUUUAGCUGCACUUACCGUACUUCACCAGUACUUGUCUCUCGUACACCCAACACAUGCAGGUCAAGCGCCUUCCAGAUCAUCAUUGGGAGAUAACAACUCACCAUGGGCAUUACACGAAUCGAUGGCUGAGCGGUUCUUGAAUCUGGCAAGAGAGCAAUGGCAGAAUACUCAAUCGGUCGAUCCGAAUGUACAAGUCGGUCUAGGAACACUGUACUAUAUGAUGGACAAUUACGAAGAAGCUAGAGGAUGUUGGACUAACGCUCUAGGUGAAAAACCCGAUGAUUACCUCUUGUGGAACAGGCUAGGCGCGACUCUAGCGAAUGGAGGGAACUCUGAAGAAGCUGUCGAUGCGUAUAGACGAGCAUUGGAAUUGAAACCUACUUUCACAAGAGCGAUAUUCAAUCUAGGCGUGGCUUGUCUCAACAUUGGUGUAUAUAAAGAAUCAGCCGAACAUCUCUUAGCAGCCUUAUCACUCCAUUCCAACCAAUCUCAAUCAGAUCCAGAUAGAGAUAGUGAUAUCUUAUCUUCUGAUUCGUGGAGUAUUUGGUCAACUCUAAGAAGAGCUUUGGUAGCUUUGAACAUGAACCAACUGGCUGGUAACGCUGAACCGGGAGCAGAUUUGAACAUAUUCAGACAAGCUGGGUUUGACUUUUGA